UUACCAAUCAGGCUCUCUACUUUGAGGCAUCCGGAGUAAUGUCAUAUGAAACUGCUGUAAAAAUCGAUCUUUCAAGAGCAGAUGCUGAUCAAGUUAAACCAACCUCAACUGGGCCAUGGGGUGCUCCCUUGUUUGACAAAGCAAUAGCAUACGAGACGUCUGAAUUAUCAGAACCCUUGGUGAUAGAGUUCCCUGAGAUGACUAGUUCCACUAGACGUGACCACUGGCUUACUCUAAUAAAAGAAGUCAUCUUGCUCCACCGCUUCAUAUUGAAAUUUGAUAUUCAAAACCCUAUACAGGCAUGGGAGAUCCAUGCUAGAAGCAUUUUGGGGAUCUUCAGGCUUCAUGCAGCUCGGGAAUUAACGAGAAUAUCAUCACCGUCUCCUGCAAACUUUUUGAUUUUUUUGCUCUACGAGGAACUACCAAAGGGGGACUACGUUUUGACAGAAUUAGCCAAUACUAUAAAGCAGAAAACUAGCCUAAGGCCAUGUAGUGCAAAUUCCAUAUUAAAGGGCUUAAACAUCUACCAUGUCGAUUCCUUUUCCAUGGAAAGAAGUCCUGAAGAAAACAUGAACAAUCAAACAGAUUCUCUAAUGUCUCUUGGGCCAACCAUCAAUCAAGUAAGGGAGGAAGCGAAGGAGGUUAGCGUAGCAAAAGCUACUGUCGAACAGAUGAAAGGAGGAGGAAUUGCGGAUAGUCUUCUUGUUCUAGUUGUGCUUAUGAGUUCAGUCAAAAAUGUGCUUCCUCGGUUACAAGCGGUUCUGUCAUUGGAAAGACCGAUGGUCACACUAUUCAUACGCUCCGUGAUUUUGAUUGUCAUAUACAAGGAAAUGGUUGGAUUUGCAGUUGCACUGAUUGCACUAUUAAUAGUUGCAGCGAUACUUUGGGCCAGAGUGAAUAGAAUUGGAGAAAGAUGCCGAGAGAUUGUUGUGAACACCACCUCUGACCAAACAAUGAUGGAAAGCAUCGUUGCAGCAGAACACAGUCUGAAUAACUUGCAUGAGCUCGUUAAGAAAACUAAUAUCAUGAUUUUGAGAAUAUUCUCGAUAAUAAUCGGAAAGGCUCCAAAGCAAGCCAAUGCUGUGAUGUGGGCGAUGAUUGCAGUAGCAGUUCUGUUGGUGGUAAUUCAGUUCAAGUAUAUUGUUAUGGGGCUAACUUUGUACUCGUUCAUAGCUGUUUCAAGGAUCGCAAAGCACAUGCUGAAUGAACAGGGGAAUCGUAGGUUGAAAGAGUGGUGGGAGUCGAUCCCUGUCAUUCCGGUUCGAACAGAAAAAGAUUCAAGGUCGGACUUCAAUUGCUGGCAAAAUGGUAAUUUCUCUGUACUUCUUUACUUCUCUUUCUGCAUGCUCAUUCAAUCACUGCAGUAUCGAGUCAGUGGUUUAACAGUUUUCUCAUCUUCAUUGAUUUUACUCAUGGGCGGAAGAUGUCUUAUGCAAAUAAUGCUUGUUGUGCUACCUAUACAAAAUCCUGUUGAAGUUGACAUUCAAUCGAUGCCGACUGGUCUAAACUUACAAAAACUGACAAAAGUCCCUGACAGUAGUACUACUAUUAAUACCGACCCUUCUAGUGUCAUCGUGUACUAG